CUCGGUAUGUCUGUGCCAUGCUGCUUAUCCAAACCUCUGCCUGGCGGGAUGGUGAUUCAUGCCUCCAACUUACAGAACUCAAGCAAGCUUAGCCUUGGAGGGAAAGGCAAAGAGGAGAGAAACACCUCUAAAGAGCACAGUGAAGAACCUCAGGAGGAGCAUCUCUAUGGCAAAGAGCAUCGAAUGGGAGUGAUGUGGCGGGUCUUUCUCCCUCACUCCGGCUGGUGCUGAAGAGCUGGCACGCUCCCUGCAUCCUUUCCUAAGGGAUCAGGCUCUGCCGGAGGAUGGAUGGAUGGAUGCAGGAAAGAGCGAAAGGGAGAGAGGAUUACUGGGGCUGAGCCUUCCCCUCUUCCCUCUCCUCCUCUCCUCCUGUGAGGACCACAGAGGCAGCUCUCAAGGGAGCAUCCUUCCUCUCCAACAGUCUUUCAAAGGGACUGCGAGGCACAAAAAGGCUGGACGCGCAAGCAAGCCGGGAUGGACCUUUGGAGAGCUCCUAGCCAUUUCCAUGGAAGGAGAAGUGCCCAUCCCUGCAUCCCAUCCACCACCCACAGAUGCCGAAGGCUUCUCGGUCCUGCCAUUGCCUUGCCGGGGAGACUUCGCCUGAACACAGCCUGUGUUUAGUGCACUAGCUUUGGUCUGAUGCUGUCCUGGGAGGCCUGGUGACAACCCUCAGAAAUGCCUAUUCUCUCUGGAGGCAGCGAACAUGAUUUCAGCUACACUUCUUGCACCUCCUUGAAUCAUCUGAUCCCCGUCUCAGUGGUCGAGACACCUCCAGCCAAAGGGGUCCACUACCAGAGGGCCAAGAGGGUCUGGUGCCCCAAACAACUCCAAACAACUGACUUGAGGAGCGAGAUUAUGGUCAACGUAGGAGGCAUCAAGUAUCUCUUGCCUUGGAGCACCUUGGACGAGUUCCCCUCAUCCCGGCUGAGCAAGCUCCGGUUCUGCAGUGGGUACGAGGAGAUAAUCCAGCUCUGCGAUGACUAUGAUGAGGACUCCCAUGAGUUCUUCUUUGACCGCAGCCCCAGUGCGUUCGGGGCCAUCGCCAGCUUCUUGGCGGCGGGGAAGCUGAUGCUGCUCCGUGACAUGUGUGCCUUGUCCUUCCAGGAAGAGCUCAAGUACUGGGGGAUUGAGGAGUCCAGCCUGGAGAACUGCUGCUUCCGGAAGCUCUUCCAGAAGGCAGAGGAGCUGGCCGAUCAACAAAGGGAGGAAGAGAUGGAGAUGAACAAAGUGAUGACCUGCAUCCUGGAGGAAGAGACCAAGACCUUCAUGUCCAGGCUGAGAGACAUGGUGGAGAACCCGCAGUCAGGCCUCCCUGGGAAGAUCUUUGCUUGCCUCUCCAUCCUCUUUGUGGCAACCACGACAAUAAGCCUUUGUGUCAGCACCAUGCCAGACUUAAGAGAAGCAGAAGACAGGGGUGAAUGUUCCCAAAAGUGCUAUUACAUCUUCAUUGUGGAGACCAUCUGUGUGGCUUGGUUCUCCUUGGAGUUCUGCCUCCGCUUCAUCCAAGCGAAGAGCAAGUGCCAGUUCUUCAAGGGGCCGCUGAACAUCAUCGACUUUAUGGCCAUCUCUCCCUACUACGCUUCCCUCAUCGUCCUGGAUGACGAGUCCAUGGAGGACGAUGACAAGCCCAGCGGGAACUCGUACCUCGAGAAGGUGGGCUUGGUGCUGCGGGUCUUACGUGCCUUGAGGAUACUGUACGUCAUGCGCCUGGCCAGGCACUCCUUGGGCUUGCAGACCCUGGGCCUCACCAUCCGCCGCUCCGCACGGGAAUUUGGUCUCCUGUUGCUCUUCCUCUGCGUGGCUGUCACCCUCUUCUCACCCUUGGUCUACCUGGCCGAGAACGAGUCUGGGAAGAUCUUGGAGUUCACCAGCAUCCCAGCCUCCUACUGGUGGGCCAUCAUCUCCAUGACCACGGUGGGCUACGGAGACAUGGUCCCCCGGAGCGUCCCGGGCCAAAUGGUGGCCCUGAGCAGCAUCCUGAGUGGCAUCCUCAUCAUGUCCUUCCCAGCCACCUCCAUCUUCCACACGUUCUCCCACUCCUACUCCGAACUGCGGAGGGAGCACGAGAGGCUGCAGUCCCGGAUACGGAGGAUGAGGAAUGCCAACACGUCAGGCGAGAGCGACACCUUCAACGAGAACGAGAGCUUCCUGCCUGACCCCAAUGGCUCUCCCACCCGGUAGUUUGGCCAGGAUAAUAAACAAAACCCCGCUGUGCACAAAACAAGAGAUGCACCAGCAAUGCACCAUCUCCCAAUGCAACAGCUUCUGCGAACCCUUCCCUCAGCACAAAUAUCUGCACAGGGGGAAUCAACAGCUUCAAUGCAUCGGCGUAACAAUAAUGCUUCAUCAAUGAUGAUCAUAGGGAAGGGAUGGCACUGGAAAGGUGGGAUACAGCAAUAUGUCUGGAAAGCCCUUCCCAGAAGCUGGUUCGCAGGUUGAAAGACACACAGAACUGAGACCAUAGUAGGACAAUGUGGUCCAUGAGCCACAUUUGGCCCUUGUGCCUAAUUUUGUGAGACACGGAUGGGCCCAAUGGAGUGACUCCGGGUUUCUCCCAGGUAUGAUAUUGCAAAAAAAUAUAUAGCCUAAAUAGCAUUGCUACUCAGGAAGGCUCUCUAUAGUUGAAGAUGCAGCAAAAAUGGGUGGAAACAGGUAGAGGUGUUACCGUUAUGUGCACAGUAGUGAAGGAAUUAGGAUGAAAAUUUUCACUUGUUUUAUUCUGCAUACAGAAAAAGAAUAGGCUCUCCAUUUUAUGGGGGCGGGGAGGCUAGCUGUAAAAAACUAUGAACUAAAAACACCAUUAUUAUUAUUUUAUUUGAGAGAAUGCCUCCAGUGUAAUUCUAUGGACAAUUCCAAUAGAGGUUGACCUUUUGGUCACGCUGGAGAAAUUAGAGUUUCCUACAGAGAACGUAAUUAAUCAAAUCCACAAACAAUCAAAUCUGCACAAAGUAAACCUUGCAAAUGUAGGUGCACAUGCACGGUUUUUACCUCGAUGAAUGGGGUUUUGAGAGAUUUUACACACUUUUUGGAUAAUUACAAAAAAGUAUAUUUUUCUGGUGGGUUUCCUUUUUGAAAUGUGUGCAAAACAAACCUUUUCUAAUUUUCUUUUUGGCACAACCCCUUUUUUGCACUAGCUCUGACCUUGGUUUGCUUCUGAAAGUAGAAGUUCAUCCAGGACUAAAAGCCUGGCAGGAAAACUUUGCAAAUUUCCCAAUGUUUCAAUACUUGCUGGCUUGUGGGCAUCUAAAAUGAUUUAAUUUCGGUCACAGACUGUCCAGUUGUUUUGUCUGACUCUAUUGAAAGGUUGUAGAAUGGUCUCUUUUGGCUGGAUGCACCUCAAAUUCCUCGCCAACUUCCAUUUCACUUUGAUUAAAGUUGGCACAAAGAACUGCCUUUGAGAUAUGGCUAUCCUUUAAAGCAGACAUGGGCAAACUUGGGCCCUGCUUCCAGGUGUUUUGGAUUUCAACACCCACAAUUCCUAACAGCCUCAGGCCCCUUCCUUGCCUCCCUCAACCACUUAAGGCUGUUAGGAAUUGUGGGAGUUAAAGUCCAAAACACCCAGAGGGAAGACCCAAAUUGACCCAUUCCUGUGCUACGAGUAUGUCAUCCACAUAACUAAAGGAUGUCAUCCAUGUACUGAAGGAAUUGCGGGAGCUGAAGUCCAAACACCUGGAGGGCCCAACUUGGCCCAAGCUUGUGCUAUUAUUAUUCUUAUUAUUAUUAUUAAACUUUAUUUGUACCCCGCUAGCAUCUCCCGAAGGACUCGAUGCGGCUUACAAAGGCCAAGGCCUCAACACAACAACAACAGACAAUAACAAUAUAAUACAAGCAAAUUAAAAACAUAAGCAAUAACAACAACAACAUUACACUAUUACGCAAUAAAACCAGGGCCAGGCCAAUGAAGGGUACAGGUUAAAAAGUGCUGGGUGUAAGAGGUGAUAUGUUGGGAUUCUGGGCAAGUGCAAUGUGCAGAGAGUCUUAAGCUCUAAUAAAGUGCUUCUGGGACGUAGUGCUGGAGGUUAUCCUAUUCCGGAAAGGCACAUCGGAAUAGCCAGGUCUUCAAGUUCUUCCUAAAGACUGCCAACGUGGGUGCUAGUCUAAUGUCUUUGGG